UGUCUGUAGCCUACUUCCGCAACCGACGCAGUGUUUUAUUUCCAGAUCUCAUUUGAAAAGAUGUACUAGCUAUAUCUUCAAUUUUGACUACAUAUCCCACAACUGGCUGCUUCUUUAUUUAUUUAUUACCUCUUUCUGGUGCGUGUCAAACAAGUCGUCAUUGCGCAGAUUCAGUUUGAACCAAAAGCGGAGUGACCUUCCUCUAAUAUCUGGAACGUUAGCUACUAGGGGCAGUACUGAAGCAAUAAACCGGUGACAGCACAACAGUUCCCUGCGCCAGCCUUAGAAAUGAACAGCAACUUAGCCGGAGAUGAAGUUGGGAAACUGUUUGUUGGCGGCUUGGACUGGAGUACAACACAGGAAACGUUAAGAAACUAUUUCUCGCAGUACGGGGAAGUCGUUGAUUGUGUCAUCAUGAAGGAUAAAACCACAAAUCAGUCACGGGGCUUUGGCUUUGUCAAAUUCAAAGACCCCAACUGUGUCCGGACUGUACUGGAGACCAAACCCCAUAAUCUGGAUGGCAGAAAUAUUGACCCCAAGCCGUGUACUCCCAGAGGAAUGCAACCUGAAAAAGUACGAACUAAGGAUGGCUGGAAGGGCAGCAAAGCUGACAGCAAUAAAUCAAAGAAGAUAUUUGUUGGCGGGAUCCCCCAUAACUGCGGCGAACCUGAACUCAGGGACUAUUUCAAUAGAUUUGGAGUGGUCACCGAGGUGGUAAUGAUCUAUGACGCGGAGAAACAGAGGCCCCGAGGUUUUGGAUUUAUUACUUUCGAGGCCGAACAAUCAGUGGACCAGGCUGUCAACAUGCAUUUUCACGACAUCAUGGGCAAAAAAGUGGAAGUGAAAAAGGCUGAACCUCGGGACAGCAAGGCUCCUGGCCAGCUUGGACCCAACCAAUGGGGGCCCAGAGGAAUCUUGAGUGCAGCCAAUGGCUGGGCACCUCAGCCUGCCCAGGGCUGGCAGCAGAGUUAUGGGCCUCAGGGAGUUUGGGUGUCUACAGGCCAGCCCUUGGUCACAGGUGGGUACGGACCCCCUUUAUCCGCAGCGCGUGGAGCUCCAAACCAGCCCCCCUCACCGUUCAACGCAUUCCUGGUCACAACGGCUCCGGCGGGGGGCUUCGGGGCGCCCCAGGCUUACACUCAGCAGGGAUACAGCACACCGCCUCAGUUUGGGUACAGUUUUGGCACGCCUCAGGGGGACCAGUACGCCCCACAAGGAGUGCCGCCUCCACCCACCACUCCGGGAACCGGGCCGCUGGGGUUUGCCCCGGCCACCACACCUACUCAGGACAUGAGCAAAGCACCUACCGGACAGCCGGACUUCUCCUACAGUCAGUACGGCCUUGGUAACUACCUUCAGGACCCCUCUUCCUACGGCCCAGCGCGUCCUUCUCACAGUAAUGGUCAGGAUGUGCAGGGAGGAAAUAGUGCAGGUUAUGGUCAGGAUCUUAGUGGGUUUGGCCAUACCUUCGCUGACCCCAACCAGCAGCCGGCCUCGUAUGGGGCACCAGCAGCACAACCGGCGGCGGGGCCCCAGCCUACAGCGGUCGCUUUUGCUCGAGGACAGAAUCACAAUGUAGCAGGCUUCCAUCCAUACCGACGCUGAGUCUCUCUGAUCUCCUCGGCGCUCAGUUCUUAAGUCAGGGAAAUGUGUUCUGGUCGUAAGCAAAACUGGAUUUCUGAAUUGAUGUUUUGGAACACGCAAAGUACAAUUCAAGAAAAA